AUGGAGAAAGUGACAUUCCAGACUGAAAUUACUAGAAACCUCCAGGAAGUAAAGGAGGAAAAAGAACCCCAGGGAGCAGAAAAGCCCUCAGGCCAGUGUGUUAAAGCUUGGAGUGACCAUGAGAUUCGGAGUUUCCUACAAGAAUGGGAAUUCCUUGCAUGUGAAGAGUUGAGGGGGAAGAAUCACAGAGCAUCAAAAGCAAUUGCCCAGCGUCUCAAGUACAGGGGCAUAAAGAAGAGCUGGCGACAGUGUCUCCAGAUGAUGCUAAGUUUGCAGGAUUUAUAUUGGACUGUUCAUGAGGCCAACCAGAGUCCCAGGAGUGAGCCUUUGUUAUGUCCUUACGGAGAGGCCCUUCACCAGAUCCUGGGACACAGGAGGGAGGACAGUGUCUUCUCAGAUCCUUCCUGUGCAGAGAGUUCUGACCUCCUACCUCCUGACCUCCCACAUCCUGAGUACUGGCCUCAAGCCUAUGCCAUCCCCAAUCCCCCUGAGGAGCUGCUGUGGUCCCCGCCACCUGUGAUCUACAUAGAGGAUCCUCAGGUACCCGAAUGGGAGCCCUGGAAUAUGAACCUUCUGUGGUCAAGUUCAUGCCUGUUUCCUGCCUUUCUCCCGGCACCCUCCAUCCCCCAGCAGCAGUGGUCAGCCUCCUCUGACACUGAUUCAGAUCCAAAACUUAAAGAAAAUUUUAACCUUGAUCCUAAUUUUAUUUGAGAGACAAUAGAAUAGCACAAUUCUGUACACUCAUGACUCCUUCCUU